AUGGCCUACAAGUCGACUGGUCCUCAAUUCACUCGCAGUGAUUGCUUCUUCGGCAAUGGAGUAUCCGCUACUCAAUGGCUAAAACACUUUCACACCAUAAUAUCCGGCUACGACGGAGUACGAGACCAGCCACCACAGCUACCGGAGCAGCCUGUCGUACCAGAGCAGCCUACCGUACCACAGCUGUCAGAACUACCACAGCCUACUCCACACGUACCAGAGCAGCCUGUCGUACCAGAGCAGCCUGUCGUACCAGAGAAGCCUGUCAUACCAGAGCAGCCUACUCCACAGCUACCAGAGCAGCCUACCCUACAGCUAUCAGAGCAGCCCGUCGUAACACAGUCAGCUCCAUCAGUACCAGAGCAGCCUACUCCAGAGCUACCAGAGCAGCCCGUCGUAACACAGUCAGCUCCAUCAGUACCAGAGCAGCCUACUCCAGAGCUACCAGAGCAGCCUGUCGUACCAGAGCAGCCUGUCAUACCAGAGCAGCCUACCGUACCACAGCUGUCAGAGCUACCACAGCAGCCUACUCCACAAGUACCAGAGCAGCCAGUCCUACCAGAGCAGCCUACCCUACAGCUACCAGAGCAGCCCGUUAUAUUACAGUCAGCUCCGUUAGUAUUACGGCAGCUUAUCACAUCAGUCCUACUAGAGAAGCCUACUUUACAGCUACCAGAGCAGACCGUCAUAUCACAGUCAGCUCCGUCAGUAUUACAGCAGCCUAUCACAUCAGUCCUACCACAGCAGCUACCUCAGCCCGAUUUCACAUUUACACUCACACACCUCACUCAGCAGUCCGUUACUACCCUACACCAUUGGAUCUGGCCUAUCAUGGGGGUUGGUUAG